CAGACCCCUCCCGAAUCAACUGUGGGCUGGACGCUUUCCUCGCUUUUUAAUGAAGGACAGCAACAUGCUGGAGGAAGAAGUGACUGUUUUUGUUUAGUUUUAGAUUCAACAAACAGAAUCAUAGAAGAUGGCAACAAAUACAGCUCUUUCAAACGAAUCAAAACUCAGAGCUGAUGAAGAAGAAGAUGCGCAAGCUUCAAAGAUGCUGGAGAUUAUUAAUGGGAGAACUGUUGAUGCCUCAAAAGUGACAGAAGAGCCUGAGGACAGAGAGGUUUGGUCAAUGGAGAUGGGAGAUGACUCGGUGUUCUACAGCGAUGAGGAGCACGCUCAGUUGGACAAGGAAUCUGCCAACUUAACUGGCUUCAGUGGCAAAAGGUGCAAAAAUCCUGUUAACAGUGUGGCAGAUGGUGAAGGCAACCAACACAUGGAGACUAAUCCAGGAGAGAAAGGAAACUUGGAGAUGAAGAAGGAAUUGAACCAGUGCACCAUCUGGACUGAAGAGGAAAAGCAGAAGCUUGAGACAUUUACUAGUAAAAGAAUGCAUGUUUCAGACCCUGGGGAAUCAUCUGCAGAGUCUUAUGUCACUCCUGGAAAGUUUGGGAAAACCUCUGGAGAGUUUGUGCCGCAAAAUAAAGCAGCAACAAAUGUGGACCAAGUUAGGAAAGAGGAAGUGAUGACAGAAGCUGACACCUCAAAUCAACACCUGUUUGACUUACUCAACGAUGACGGUUAUAUAAAGCUGAAUGGGGAUGCAGAAUUUCCUCAAAGACUGUCUGGUGCUGACACCCAGAAAUCAAGUGACAUGCAGUCUGUGGGAGAUGUGGAAGCAGAGUUCCUGCAAAACCCCAGCCAAGGUCAGUUGAACCUGCCAGGGCCAACGAAAUCUGACUGCAGCGCCUUCAACCACCUCUCCUCCUCCAAAUACAGCACCGUGUCCUACCGCAGGAUCCGCAGAGGCAACACACGACAGAGGAUAGAGGAGUUUGAGUUCCUGCUGACGAGUAAAAAAUAACCUGCUUUUCAAAUCUAUUAAGAAAAAAAUGAAGGGCCAAACACAUGACUACAAGCUUACAAAUGUUCCAGCUCUGAAAUGUAUGUCAGUAGUUUCAGAAACCCCUGAUGAUAUUCACAAUAUACUUACAUCUGUGACACUCCUAAAUCUAUUGUAAUGCUAUUAUGUUUGAGAAAUGCCUAACUUUGCUGAUAACUCUACAGGUACUUAUUGUGAAUAUGUAUGUUAUACUAAUUUGGGGAUUUGAAUGAUUUAUUUGAACCAAAGAGAUGAUCAUGUGACAACAAACUGCAAUGAUUUAAAAAAAAACAAACAAAAAACAAAUACUGGGCAAACAAGUUUUAAUUUACUGAGGAUUUUCGGGGACAAAUUUAUAAGCAGAUGCUCAAAUAUGCAUAUGCACGGCAUAUACAUUUCAUAAAAGUUCACAUGUUAUGUGCUUUUUGUGGCCAUUCAGAAACUUUUGGCAUCAGUUUGGCAUUUUGGCAGACAUGGUAGAGUUAGCCUCUUUUAAGCAGAUCAGAUGCGGUUAGAAUUGUUGUUCUUCUGGGACAUUAAGUUGUGUUCGAGUUUCAACUGUAUGUUGAUUUGAUCAGGAAUUAAGGAUAUUGAAGCUGUGCUUCUUCAUUAUCCAUCAACUUUGUGCAAAAACGAACUUAUGGUAUGAUAUUGCCAACAUCAUGCUAGCCAGUGCAUUCACUGGAUUAGUAUCAGGUGAAAGACUCACCUCGACUCCUCCAAACAUACUCUUGCGGAAAAAUUACUCAAUCUUUGAUCAUAAAACUUUUCUCCAGAAGGUGUUUGGUGCUGAUUUUGGAGCCGACAGUUCUCUCUGGAUCGACACCGCCUCAGAUCAUCCUAUUGUUAAACUGGCUUUACUCUGGACAAUUACACUUAAGUUUGAGCCAUGGUGGCUCGUGAAUGUCCAAGCCAACUUUCUUUCACUGGAGGAAGCAGUUCAGGUAAGAUAGUUAAAAUCUGGAUGUAGAUGUGUAUCCCACAAAAACAAAAAUCUUAAGCAGUUUUAGCUUCUGCAAUGGCCUUGUAGAAAGGUAUGAGCUGUGCUUAAAAGCCACAACCGAGGCAGUCAACCAGUUCAAAUAUCUGAGUUAAGUAUCCGGAUAGAAUGAUGCUACACACUACAGUUGACUUACCAAGACUUGAAUAACAUGUCAUAAUAAUACUUAGAAGAAAAACAAAAUCAGAUAAUUUGUUAAAAGCCCCAGGUCCGUACAACAUUUCUGCUGAUAUGUCGUAUUUACUCGUAACUUAAGGUUUUAAUUUUUAGAUUUUGUAAGUAUAAAGAAUGAAAGUAAAAUAUGAAUUGGAAGUUUUUUAAAGUACAGCUUCAAUAACGCACAAGAGUUGCAUUGUGACAUUUUUAGGAGUAAAAUCUGUUCUAGCCAUCAUCAUGGCUAAAGACUAAACAGAAUAAAGAAUUCUAGCAA